AUGCCACAACUUUCCCCUUUAAAUUGAAUUAUACUUUUUUUUCUCUUUUGAUUUUUACUUCUCCUUAACUCAUCUAUCAUAUGAUGAAAUAAUAAAAAUAAAUAUCAUUUAAUAGACCAAAAAAAAAUAACAAAAAAAACAAAAUAUAACUGAUAA